GAUCCAGCCGGUGACACCCAUAUCCAAUAAAUGGUUAAUAACAAAAACACAUGACAAUGAAUAAGCUAAUUAUUCCAUGACUGAAAACAAAGGACAGAGCAUUAUGAUACACACACUCUACAGCUGGAGUAAGAAGCCAUGUAGUGGAAGGAAGACAAUUUGUAGACUGUGUGAAAUCAGCAUUUAGCAUCCAUAAAACAAUGUUCAGGUUUGGACUCAGCUGUGGAAAGGCAGUGAAUACAAAGGUUUAUCAAGGGAUAAAGUAUGAGGAAUGGCACAGGCGGAGAAUGCCCAGUGAUCUCAGAGAGUGGGCGAGGGUCAGAGUUAAUCAGAAGCCAGACAUUGUUUCUUUUACCCAGGAGGUGUGCAGUGGUCUCAGAUGCUAGAAAUGUGCAUUCCAAAUCCAGUGACCAGCAGCGUUAUGAGCAGUGAAGACUAGCCAAGGCAAGUGCUGUACGAUAUGUGCAUACAGUUUCUACAUUGAUCCGUUAGAGCAGACACCUGUAUAAAAGCUUCUCAACAGCAUUGUUCUGUGAACAAGAUCAAGAUGGCCAAAAUUCUUCUGUGGGCUGUGGGAUUUGUGCUGCUGUUAGAAGUGUACAGCGUUCUAGGCCAGGACUACAAGUUGGUUUGUUACUACACAAACUGGGCCCAUAAAAGAAGAGACUGUAAGUUCUUACCAGAAGACAUUAACCCCAGGUUAUGUACACAUCUCAUUUUUGCUUUUGCUGUUAUUGGCAAUAACCAUCAAAUCGUUGCUCAGGAAAAGGAAGAUGAAGAUCUUUACAUCUCAUUUAACAGUCUUAAAAAGCGGAACCCAAACUUGAAAACACUCUUAUCUAUCGGUGGCUGGAAUUUUGGAACUGAAAAGUUCACUGCUAUGGCUUCCAGCAAAGAAACUCGUUUAAUAUUCAUUAAAUCCGUUAUAGAUUUCCUACGGCAAAAAGAUUUUGAUGGUUUAGAUCUACAUUGGGAGUAUCCAGCAUUUAACAGAAGCCCAUACCAGGACAAACAGCACUUCACUUUGUUGGUUCAGGAAACUGUCGAAGAGUUCAAGAAGGAAUCCAGUGAAAGUAACAAACCGAGAUUGCUGCUUUCAGCUGCAGUGGCAUCCGGCAUAAGAAACAUUCAAGCAGGCUAUGAAAUAGAAAAGAUUUCAGAGGCCUUGGAUUUUAUCGGUGUGAUGACUUAUGAAUUCCACGGACCAUGGGAUCUUAAAACUGGACCGAAUAGCCCCCUGUACAGAAGUUCUACUGAUUAUAAUGACAAUAAAUACUUUAACGUUGAGUUUGCUACCAACUACUGGAAACAGAAUGGUGCCCCUGCAGAAAAACUGUUGGUUGGAUUUCCAACUUAUGGCCGUACUUUUACGCUCUGCUCAGCUGAUAGCAAACCUGGUGCUGCAGCAUGUGGUCCUGCACCACCUGGGAAUUGUACUAAAGCAGCUGGCAUUUGGGCAUACUACGAGAUAUGUGACUUUCUGAAAGGCGCUAAUAAGGAGUGGAUGGAGGAGCAGGAGGUUCCAUAUGCAUACAAAGAUGAUGAGUGGGUUACUUAUGAUAACUUGAAGAGUUAUGAGAAAAAGGUGGAAUGGUUAAAAAAUAAUAGCUUUGGUGGUGCAAUGGUUUGGACAAUCGACAUGGAUGAUUCCAAAGGUACUUUCUGUAAGCAAGGAAAAUCACCCCUCAUUAGUAAACUGAAGAUUCUGCUUUCUUCAAAUUCUAAACCUAAAGAAGAUUUGUCGGCCACAACAACUGCAUUACCAACCCCUGCAUCAGAAAAUUCAUCAACUUCUCCGCCUUCUACGGUGUGCCCCGAUCUGGAAUUCUGCAGUGACAAAAAUAAUGGUAGCUAUCCAAUUCCAUGUGCUUUGGACAGCUUUUAUCGAUGCACUAACAAAAACACCGACAUCGAGAACUGUCCCAAGGGUACUUCCUAUAACACGAUUAAAGACAAAUGUGUUUGGCCAAAUAGAUUAUUUCCAACAAUCAAUUUAGCAGCCCACAACUUUUGCAAAGGCAAGCCUGAUGGUAACUAUGCAAUUCCAACUCCCAAAUAUUAUAAAUGCUCUGCUGAUGAAACACGAAUAAAGCAAUGUCCCUCUGAUCUACUCUAUAAUGCAAUUAGCAGAAACUGUGAAAAUAUAAAUAUGCUUGCUGACUUUGAUGUGACUUUUUGCAGUAACAAUCUUGACGGUACCUACCCAAUUCCAGGCAGGCCAAACAAAUUCUAUCACUGUUCCAAUAAGGAGACCAACAUUGGAAGUUGCCCCAAGGGAAGUGUUUAUAAUAACUUUUGUAAAUGCUAGACACAGCUGUGCGUAUAAUAAGACCACACUGAAUGACAAUAAAACUUGUUUAAAGAAUUACAAUGUUAAACUGAUCAUACAGAGGGCUUAGUACAAAACUGAUUAACUACUUUGUUAUUUUGGAAUGUAUGUUGCCAACACCAAGAUGGCCAUCUGUGCGUGCAGAAUAGAAGGUGCUGAUGUCUCACCCCUGCAAAGUUUCUGCCCGCUUGCCAGCCUCUUCAGAAGAACGCAUUCUGGAUGUGUCCCUCUCAUCUGUUAUAACCCCUCCCACAUACCCCCAUCCCACCACCCACUCCUGGUGGCUGCAUCAUCCCUCAGCGCAUGACUUCCCAUUUUGCUCAGGGUAUGGGGCAACAAAUAAGGCAGUAGGUGAUGCAUGGAGGGCUGAGUAGACCUCUGGGUCAAUGGUCAACGGGUAGUCGGCAACACAGUGUUGUAAGUUUAAUAAAGCCACAAGUUGAAAAUUCA